CUGCUUCGUCACCAAAGUUGUGAAACUGCCCUUUCCUGUUUAUCUCCCUUAGAUGUUGAACUACAAUAGCGCUCUUGUUCAUCACAAAGACGAAUUGAUAUACCGCAACAGCCGCAUCUGGUAAUGAAAGAGCAGCAUUUCCCGUCAAUGUGAAGUGCGUAUAAUAACAAGUGACGAUCGACGUUGCAGGGUAACAUGAUACCUGAUCGAUUGUAUAAAAGCCUUCUUAUCCCCGAGAAGUUAACAAGGACCUAGUGCCCUUCAACUAAAUUGGCAGGGUACGGCUGCUACUGGCCAUGACAUUCACAGAGUAUAAAGCCAGAGGCAGAAAAACAAAAACGGACAAAAAGAGAACGCGCCGACAGUUAGGUACGCCAUCACCUAAUGUGACACGCUAUCUCUGAAACGUGAGAUCAGUACAUGUUUAAAAAAAGGGAAUAGAGCAAAUGCCGAGAUUUCAGCUUAAUGACGUAUCUAACGAAUUUUACAUCUUUUUCCCAGAGUGUAGUCAUCUCGAAUAUGUCGACUACUGAUCUAUAUCCUCCCGACGGCUGUGGAGAGGAGAAUAUUCGCAAUAUAUCAGACAUCGUGAUUGCCAUGUUAGACAUUCUUCUGUGUCUUCUAGCGGUCGUAUGUAACGGUACUGUGGUAUUUAUAUUGUACAAGAAACCCAAGUUACGGAGUAAAUCUAACAGCCACCUCAUGAAUUUAGUCAUCGGAGAUUUUAUUUAUUGCCUAACUCUUCCAUUGACAGUAGCAAGUUGUCUAACGGGUGGUUGGACCUACGGAUUCGUAAUAUGUCAGAUUCAUGGAUUCUUCAUACUGUGGGCUGUCAUCGGCAUCGAAUUCAUAUUUCCUACCUUAGCGAUAUACCGGCUCAUCGUCAUGUCACGAUCACAGAAUCGAUUUGCAGAGUUUUACAAAUCACAGACACUUUUCUUGUAUGUGGUAACGUGGAUCCUUGCAGGACUGUGUGCCCUUCCGCCGUUGAUAGGUUGGGGGAGCCUGACCUCAUGCGACGGGUCGCCAAACUGCUUUUUGAGUUUUAGUGACAACGAAUCUUACGUCAUAUUCCUAAUUGUUAUAACGACCAUUAUUCCGCUGUUCACCAUGGCAUUCUGCUACACCAAAGUUAUAAUCACUGUUCGGCAAAGCUCCAAGAGAGUUCAGCACACUACGAAUAACAUGUUGUCUGCAUCUGUUGCUUCAUUAGCUGUGUGUGAAGACCAAAAUACCCUGCGUGUCCCUUCGCCUGCACUUCCGGUAUUGUACACUGACAGGGAUUUCUUGCCCUUGCCUCCUCGACAAAACUUACCUAGAUCAAACGUCAAUCAGCGAAGAUCAAGUCUUGCUUCGGCAACGGGAGGCAAAACACGGGACAGUGGACGACGCUUUUCUCUCGCUUCUAUCGCAUCAUCCACCAUGUCCAACGUCCGACCGAGUGAACAGCGCCUUGGACGAUCUCUUGCACUUAUAUCAGCGUCUUAUCUUUUCACCUGGGUACCCGUUCUUGUGUUCACACUCCAGUCAACCUUUAAGCCAAACACACCUCCAGAUUUCUGCAUAAAAAUGAUCCAAUUGUUUCUAUAUCUGCACGUAGCAGUAAACCCUCUGGUGUAUGGCCUUCUAACAGAUCCUCUACGGAGUGUCCUUUCAGGCUACAUCAGACGAGGACGCCUUGGAAGCACACAUGAGUCGCAGCGUUGGGUACCACCAUCAGUGGCGACUAGUUCACUUCAACCAAAGAAUUCUGUUAAGACAGGUAACUCACCAAAUACCGUAGCGUGGAGAGAAAAGAGCGGAGACCCAUCACUGCCUAACUACACCGGACAACCAGGAAUGAAACCAAUAAGUACGGGAAAGACACUCGUAAUUAGCCCUGUCUCAGUUUUGUCAGCAUCUUCAAAUGAUGAGAGCGCUUCAAUGCGUGCGAUUGAAGAUCAUGGAAAGGAGAUAAACGCACAAAGAAUUACUAGAUUUUCUGAAAGUUGUGAACCGGUCAGUGUUAGUGACUGUUGAUUAUUUUUUAAUAGUUUUUUAUUGGGUAUCAGUAUAAUUUAAAAGAAGAAAAAACUACAGAUAUAUUGCACGCAAACGAAUGAAAAAUACGAAACUAUAUUUAUAUCUAUCAGAUCAAUGUAUCUAAGGCCCAUUUAUAUUGUUUUACUCACAUAAUUAUGUAAGCCGCACAUUUGCAUAUCAUUGGUGGAUCCAGGAAAGAGACGUCAUGAAUAAAAUAUAAUACAUGAAUGAAUGAAUGACAAAAAUAUUAAUGCAAACUGUUUUUGGGCAGGCUUACGGGGCAUGAUAUUGAAAAUGAUAAUGAUAAUAACAGUAAUAACAAACAAUAACUAUUCUUGAUAAUUCCAGUUACAUCUACAUUCCAUUUAAAUAUAAGUGACGAUAAAGUGUACCCAGAAACUGAUGAGCUGUUAAUGUAUAGAGAUAAUGAACCAUCAUAUCUUAAUGAAAGAGUCUAUGAACACUGUGGCCCGAAUUCUACUUAUUGGUUAAACUCGACCUCGGUUCAAAGAUCAAUUUUAAGAAAGGAAAAACUGAGACCUCAGACGUAUAACCUUAAGUUUGUUAAGCAAGAUUGUGGAAGAAGCUGUA